AUGAAUUUUUGGUCAGGCAAAAGUAAAAAGAAUACUAUUCGUUCUAGAACAACCCCGGUCUCACGUCCUUUAUUUCUUUCACAACCUUUUAUCGAUGCAACAUUAGUAGAAGGAAGUUUUAAAAAAAUCGUUGUUUUACCAAAACAUGUAAACGAAGAUGAAUGGUUUGCUGUAAAUGUGGUUGAAUUCUUUACAUAUCUUAAUAUGUUUUAUGGAACCGUUACUGAUUUUUGUACAGCAGUCCGUUGUCCAACUAUGAGCGCUGGUCCAGGAUUUGAACCUUAUACUUGGACAGAUCAAAAUCAAAAAAAGAGUACAAAGUUAUCUGCUCCAACUUACAUUGAUUACGUUAUGACUUGGAUUGAAAAUCUUAUCAAUGAUGAAAAUAUUUUUCCUACAAAAGUUGGUCGAGAAUUCCCAAGAGAUUUUCAUCAAAUAGCUAGAACAAUAUUUAAACAAUGUUUUAGAGUAUUCGCGCAUAUAUAUUAUAAUCAUUAUGAACAAAUCUUACAUCUCCGGGAAGAAAAACAUUUCAAUUCAUUAUUUGCACAUUUCACGUCUUUCGCCAAAGAAUUUAAUUUAUUGCAAGAUAAGAAAGAAUUGGCACCGUUAGAAGGUUUAAUUGUCUAUAUGGAAAAUAAUGGUCGUAUUAGUUAA